GGAACUGAACUCAUAGUUAGUUUAGGUAAGCAAGUAACAAUCCUCCAGUCGACCAUCGAACUCGGGCCACAUUUGACCUGUGACAUUCAUACCUGGCGCCACCAGCAGCCAAACACAGUAAACAACAGCCUCCCCGCACACCCCAGGAUCAGCUGACGCUGUAAACAACAUCUCGCCCUACAGUGCCGCAAGUCUCCCUCCUCAACCUGCUCCUACUAUCAAGAAGUCUCCCUCCACAACCUGCUCCUACUAUCAAGAAGUCUCCCUCCACAACCUGCUCCUACUAUCAAGAAGUCUCCCUCCACAACCUGCUCCUACUAUCAAGAAGUCUCCCUCCACAACCUGCUCCUACUAUCAAGAAGUCUCCCUCCACAACCUGCACCUACUAGCAAGAAGUCUCCCUAUAACACAGGCCUGUGUUUAGUGGCCUCUCCUCUAUCUCCAGCACAACACCACUAACACUUGAGACCUUGUCAUUGUCUCCGUAUUAUAAGUAAUGUGUCAACGAGUGCCAAAAGAAAUGAUGUGCCAAGACUCGUGUUCAAUAUUCCCUCCCGUGAUGCAGUAGAUGGUGUCGUUAUCUCAAAAGCCUACACUAAACAUGCUGCAAGAGGAGGAGGAUGGAACAUCGGGCCACGGUCACUUCACUCUUCCCACUUCAUGGUCCCCUCAAGAUUUUACAGGGAAGCAGCGGGUUGUGGUGGUGGCUAUCUUUGGCAAAAGCAAUCUGGAUGCAGGCGGGUGCAAAGCUACAGCUCUUGAAUUAAUGGUGGGGCGGAAAAUAUUCCAGAGGAGUAUGACUCGUCCUCUAGCUGUUGACUCUGAAACUAUGACUGGUGUGGAAGGUUAUUAUGACCCGAGUCGGAGAACAAUCUACCUGCAUUUAACUGGUGCUUACGAUACUUCUACUCUCAUAUCAUCUUUGGAGGUCAUGCACCAGCAGCUUCAGGAGAAGGGUUUCUUGAUGGCAUGGUCAAGCCUAAAGCUGGGAUAUGCUCGAAGUCUUCUGGUGCUUUUUUCUGUGUGUCAUCUGCUCCUUCUCUGCCACCCAACUCAUGUUUUUGACAUUAGUUAUAUUCAUCUCUUCCGGACUCUUGAUACAAUCAGAUCUAAAGCUCAAAACUACCUUGCUGAAGUGCUAAGACAAGUGCCUGGUAUCAGCAAUAACUGGGUCUCAUUUGGUCGUUUAUGUGCACCUCGUGUUCUCUUCAUCUUCUCAUCAAGGCUAUUGCCCAUACAGAUUAAAUCUCAGGAUAAUAUAUCUGGACAAAGGUCAGGUGCACAGAGGACCUCAAGGAAUUCCAAUGUACCGGGCCCCCUUCGCAAUUUGGAACUUGCCCUUGAAGAUCAAAUUUAUCGUCUUCUCCGGAAAAGCAGAGUUAUUACCAAUAUUAGUGCAAAUUCACUCUUUGCAUUGCCCAACAACCAGGCAUAUGUUUACAUUAUGGAGGAGAGCCAGGAAGAGGUUCCUGCAUCAUCUCUCAUCAGUAAUACUCUUCAAAAACUCUGCUCUUCACAAGAAGGCUUCAUUGGUGACCUGAAUCAGCUGACCCUAGGAUCAGGCAGCAAAACUCUCCUCAUUGAAGGUGGAAGCAACAGAGGCGGCAGGGGUAUGGGUGGUGGUUUGGCUUCUGGCAGUGGAUGGGACUCUAACUCGUCUCAUUCCACACUCUCGGAUACUACUAGCGCAGAUGCAUUAAGUGCAUCUAUCUUGGCAGGAGUGGCCACAGAACGAAAACGAAAUUUAGAGCACCGCUUCAAUGUAUUCCUACAACAACACAUAGACCAAGCAUUAGGGAAAGGAUUUGAUGACAAUGUAGGAAGACACUCUGGGCCAGUAUUUUUCCAGGUACCUCGGGCUAAUGUUUGGUUUGAUGCUGUAAAUAGGGUGUACACAUUUUUCAUGGCACAGUCCCCAGAGAAAGACACAAAAGUAAAACAGAUUUUAGGUAGUUUACAAAACCUCGUAGAGACUGAAGUUCGGUUCAGUGAUGCACGGUGCGCCAAGGUAUUGCCUCUAGCGGUUUCUGCUUACAAGGAUGGCCUUCCUCCCCACUAUACACAGAUGCAUCAUCAAGAGAAGCUGGAUUUGGCCCAAAAUGUACUUAGUGCACAAGCUCGUGGACCAAUGUAUGAGGAGUAUGUAACACAGCUAGAGGAAGCUUGUGAACGAAUAUGGCAAGAUGGCCGCAUGGGUUGUGAGACAUUAUCGCUGACAGGCAAUACAUGCAAGCAUCCAAGACACAGGACUCCUAAUGAUACGAAUGAUGAUAGCUCGCUUCCUGUUAUGAUCCACAAUUCUGGUGUGAUGUACAUCAGUUUUUGCAACUGUGGGCGACGGCAAGGUCAACGUGAAGACUCUUUCUCAGUUAAGGCUGCAAAUUACACCUUCUAUCAGCAUUUGGCUGAAUCAUGCUGUAUCCGACUGGAAUCUAUACCUUUCCCUACAUUCAUACCUAGUGUCACCAAUGCCAAAGCUGCCAAAGUUGAUGGAUCAGAAGAUGACGAGAUGGAGAUUGAUAGUCCUAGUACGGUGAAUUGUAAUACUCGUGAGCAACUGAACUCCGGAACCCCUCAUACUCCAGGCCUCAGUCUGGUUGGAACGGGACUGAGUGGGAGUAUGAACAAUGCUACUGGGACAGCUGCAGCACGUAUGACAGGAGAUCAAACUCACAUGGGCUCCCAGGUUGUCAUCACCCUCACAAAGGAUGACUCAAAGGCCAUUACAAAAGAUCGUGGAAUAAUACGGCAAGCAUCAACAACAGAAUACCUGCCUGGGAUGCUUCACACUGCUUCCCCUCCUGGACUGCUGCCUAGAUGGUCAUCCUGGUCUCUGUGUUGCCUCGGCCCUUCUUCUCUCUAUUCUCAUAAUGCUGGAAUCUGUGAGCAACCAGGUUUCUUGCCGGGGACUAAUUUUCUCCUACCAUGGGAUGUAACUGUAAAAAUAGAAGACAGAGACAAGUGGCCAGCCAUUGCAGAUACCCUCGGUAAAAAGGCACUGCUUCUCAAAAACAAGAAAAACAAAGUAGGAGAUAUCCACGAAUUCAGUGUGAAAAUAUUUCUUGGGGUUGAAUAUGAAUGCAUCCGUGGUCAUAGGUUCAUGAUGGCGACGCCUGACCGCCACCUAAAGGCCUCUCCCUCUGGUUUAGUGAAAGACAAUGCAACAAAGAUUGCUAAUGCUGAUAUGCCACUGUACUUCCCAUGUCCAUGUGGCCGCAGUGGUGGACAGUUGAUGCGUCUUCAUGUGGUGACACCAAAAGCCCCAGUCAAUGUAACCCUGAGCCCUCAAGUCCAGCCUGGUCCAGACCCCUGCCCACGCUACAUACCUCAGCCAUGCAGCUCUCUACCAGUGAAGCUCUCUGCAUCAGCUUAUUGGGUUCUUCGUCUUCCAUAUGUCUACGUUGGGGAUCAAGGACCCCAUUACCCGCCUGAUCCUAGACAACAAACACCGCCAUCAUUUGCUCGCCUUCACAAAGGAUGCUACGGAAUAUCUCAAGUAACGUUGGAGAGAUAAUCAUUUUCUAUUCAGUUUUCAGUCGACGAAAAUUACAACCAUCUUUUAGGUGAGUCGGCAGUUUAUAGUUGUCCAACAACUUUGUGUUUGGAUAAAAUAUCCUUCUUGUAAUAUAUACUGUCUAAACACACUUAUUCGGACUAUAUGGGAAGGACACCCCCCCCCCCCCUUCACUGGAUAAACCUGACAUCUGGAUAAGCAGAAUUCUUACCAGGAAAGUCCAAAAUUUAACAUAUUUAAAUUUUUGUACCACAGCAACAUUACUCAAAUUUCCACACACACUGUAAAUCAAAAAUAUAAUUUAAAAUGAAAACUUCAGCUCAAUUUAUUGUAGUUCAUUGUCUUGUUUGAUAAUGUAGAUCUUGAAAUGCAUAGUUCUUUAAAAUUUACUUUACCUAAUCUUCAGUUAUCUGGAUUUCUGUCCAUAUAUGGAGAAGUUUUGCCAGAAAAUUAUCCAGAUGCAUAUUUGGCCGGAUAACCCAAAUAUCCAGUUCAGCAGGCUUCCGAUAGCCGAAGACAUACAGUAUAUUACAUUAUUAAACUUUGUUUUUUCUUGCAACCUUUAUGUAUUACAGUACUUAUAUUUAAGGAUUUUCAGGGAAAUUCACGUGUUCAGAUAAAAUGUCAAGGGAAUGAUGUCUCUCUUUUCAAAGUGUCUUCUUCCCUACCUUUAAAAUAUAUUGUUUUGCAACACUA